AUGCCUCAGACUGUCCCCACCGCCAGCAAGCUGCUCGACCUGCUCAGCUUGAAGGGCAAGGUCGUCGUCGUCACCGGCGCUUCCGGCCCCCGGGGCAUGGGUAUCGAGGCCGCUCGCGGUUGCGCCGAGAUGGGCGCCGACGUUGCCAUCACCUACGCCUCGCGAAAGGAGGGCGCCGACAAGAACGUCGAGGAGCUGACCAAGGACUACGGCAUCAAGGCAAAGGCCUACAAGUGCAACGUCGCCGACUUCAAGAGCUGUGAGCAGCUUGUCGCUGAUGUCCUCAAGGACUUCGGCAAGAUCAACGGCUUCGUCGCCAACGCCGGUGCCACUGCCGACUCCGGUAUCAUCGACGGCUCCAAGGAGGACUGGGACCACGUUAUCCAGACCGACCUGAACGGCACCGCUUACUGCGCCAAGGCUGUUGGCCCUCACUUCAAGAAGCAGGGCAGCGGCUCCUUCGUCAUCACCGCCUCCAUGUCCGGCCACAUCGCCAACUACCCCCAGGAGCAGACCUCGUACAACGUCGCCAAGGCCGGCUGCAUCCACAUGGCCAAGUCGCUGGCCAACGAGUGGCGCGACUUUGCCCGCGUCAACAGCAUCUCGCCCGGUUACAUCGACACCGGUCUGUCCGACUUCGUCGACCAGAAGGUCCAGGACCUGUGGAACAGCAUGAUCCCCAUGAACCGCAACGGUCACGCCAAGGAGCUCAAGGGCGCCUACGUCUACUUCCUGUCCGACGCUUCCACAUACACCACCGGUACCGAUCUCAUCAUCGACGGUGGUUACACCGCCCGAUAA